CUGGGCCGCCCGCUGCACCUGGGGAUGCUCUACGACCGGCGCUGCGACACCUUCGUCCCAGGUUAGGUCCAUCGGAAAAGAAGUCUAGCUGGGAAGAUGACAGCGCUGUGCGUGGAGGAGAACAUUUACAAUCUUAUCCCUGUGGAGGAAGAAAAGCCUUUCUUUCCACCCAGGUAUAUCUCCACAUUCAGGGCCUUCGUGAGAAGGGAAGCGCAGGCGCAGAACAAAGCCCCGUGCAAGACGAUGGGCGUGCCAAAACUCCAAGUCCCCACUCCGAAGGACUUUCUGCAAAAAUAUCCGAAGACGCCCAAGCUGCCGAAACGGGGGAAAGCUCGGGGCAGCAAGAAAUCCCCGGUGCUGACCGUGCCACAGAGAACAGAGCGCCCUAUCAUGGGCCUUCGAAGCAGGAAGAAUUUCAUCACGGCAAAUGCUGCCGAAGCCAUCAUGCUGGUACCCAAGAAGCCGCUCCGCGCCUGCAUCGACGUGCGGAAGGGCGACAAGUUUCUCAUCGACCGUUCAGGACUAGUUCAAAAGUACCUCAAGAAAAAGGAUUUUGGUGCCGUACCCAGAUACCUGAUGAAACGAAACGAGGAAGCAAAGAGGGCCAAGGAAGAGUCUGACAAAUGCAUCAAAGAGACCCUCCAGCAAAAAGCCCCCAAACGGGUUUCCAAAGAAGAGAGGGAGGAUCUUCUGGAGGGCCUCAAGAAGAACUGGGAAGAGAUCAACCAGGCUUUUCAGAGCAUGUCUGUGGCCGUAGAGACCAUCCCACGGAAACUGUACCGGGAGAAGCUGGAGACCCAGAUGAAGCAGCUGGAACACGACAUCGGCAUCCUCGAGAAACACCCAGUGAUCUACAUAGCCAACAAAUAG